AGCUCCAGGUUCCUCACAGGUCAGGCACGCGCCACUUUUGUUUUGUUGCCCCUGCCAUGGCGUCGCUCGCUUUGGCACUUAUCUCCACCUUGGGCUUUCCUGCUCUGGCAGCAAAGCCCCAUGUGCUUUUCAUUCUAGCUGAUGACUAUGGCUGGGGCAACAUGGGUGUACAUCGGCGCGAUGCAGGAGCCUCACCUGAAGAACAGCAGGGUCGGGCAGAAGUCCACACCCCAAAUAUCGACGCACUUAUUGACAAUGGUGUUCUUUUGGAUCGGCACUACACCUACAAGAUUUGUUCCCCGACCCGGUCUUCAAUUCAGUCCGGGCGCUUGGCGGUGCAUGUGAAUCCGAUUAAUUCAGCUGUGACCUCCCAGAACUACGAGGACCCUGUGAGUGGCUAUGCUGGCAUCCCCAGGAACAUGACGGGCAUUGCCGAGAAGUUGCGCGAUGCCGGAUACAAGACGCACCUGGUGGGCAAGUGGGAUGCCGGUAUGGCAACCCCUGAGCACUCGCCGAAAGGACGUGGCUAUGACACUUGGUACGGCUACUACCAGCAUGCCAAUGACUACUGGCGUAAGAGCACCGUCUUCUUCGCAACUGGCGAGGUGGACGCUUGUUUGAACCGCAUGAAAGACUUGUCCAUGCACAAUGCCACUUAUUCCGGCCCGGUCAGGGAUGCCGUCUCAUUGUCUGCUGGUUGUCAAGAAGAUGAAGAGUCAGACCCUGGAUGCUAUGAAGAGCAUCUCUUUAAAGAAAGGGUUCUGCAGAUCAUUCAGGAGCAUGAUGUGAAGAGUCCCUUGUUCCUUUUCUAUUCCUUCCACUUGAUUCACACACCUUUGCAGGUGCCAAAGGCUUGGCUUCACAAAAUUGAUGCCCUCGUCAAGGCAGCAGGUGGCAAGCCAUUCGAUGAUGAUAACCGACGCCUCUAUGCUGCCAUGACUCUCUACAUGGAUUCGGCCAUUGGAGAAGCAGUGGAUGCUCUGAAGAAGAAGGGCAUGUAUGAUGAUACCUUGAUCAUUUUCACCUCUGACAAUGGUGGCCCAAUCUAUGAGCCGGGGGCAGCUUCCAACCACCCCUUGCGAGGCAGCAAGUACAAUGAUUGGGAAGGUGGUGUUCGCACCAAUGCCUGGAUCUCCGGCGGAUUUGUGCCUGAAGCCAGGCGUGGAAAGAAGUUCGAGGGCAUUAUUAAUGUGGCCGACUGGUAUGGGACGCUGACAGAGCUGGCUGGAGUUGAGAUGAAAGACCAUAAGUCUGAGGCCGCGAACGGUUGGCUGAAGGAGAAGGGCCUGCCACUACUUCAUCCAGUGGACAGUGUUCCCCAGUGGGAGAACAUCAUCAACGACAAGAACGGCCGUGCCGAUCCCAUGCACCUGAGCUCGAAAGCUGUGCUGAUGUGGCCUUACAAGUUGGUCACAGGCAAGCAGCCCCUGAGCGCCUGGGUGGGGCCCAAUUAUCCCAACUGCUCCACUGUGAAGUCGAUUGAUGAGCACAAUGGGCCUUUGCCCGCUCCAGAUGAUGUGAAGAUUUUUGGUGAACCCAUGCCCUUGGCCAAUACUUCAGCAGAGGUUGACCGGCAGACUUGGACCAUCGACUGUGGCGAGGGUUGCCUAGUGAAUGUGCGUGAUGACCCCACAGAGCACACCAACCUGGCCAGCGACCCCAAGUAUACCUCUAUUCUCCUCAAGAUGCAGGAGACGUUGAAGGAGCUGAACAAAGACCUCUUCAACCCUGAUCGUGGUAUUGACCGUGUGGAGGCCUGUGAUGUGGCCAUCGAACAGGACCGAACCUUUGGCCCCUUUGUGGCGGCAGACCAUUUCUACAGCCCUGGACCUGAGAAGAGCUACUCCCUCCAGGUUGAAGAUGCCAUUUUGCGUGCAACUUUGCAUACCCUCAACAAUGAGAAGGUGAAGAAGCCAUUGGUAGAGACACUGAAGAAGGUUGGCACCAAAGCUUUUCAGAAGUUGAAGUCAGACAAGUGCCUUGUGCCUUUGCAUGAGGGGUCUGAGUCUGAGGAGCCAGAUCUGUUCACCGUGUGAGGGGACGUGUUGAUUUACGAUUCACUUUCAAGUCAGAGUACAGUAUCCCAGUAUCUGGGACCUGUCAAAAUUGGCUUUGCGCAGACCCUCGGACACAAGCCUUAGAUAGCCUCAG